AUGGAACCAAAUUAUGUCAUUGUGUCUCGCAAACGUCUGUCUGAAGAAGUGAUCCCCAACAUGUACCAGACAGUAAAAGAUGGUGUAAUGUGUAAGCUUAAGACCGCAGAGAGGGUGGGCAUUACGAGUGACACAUGGACAUCUGUAGCUACGGAAUCUUACAUGAGUGUGACAGUACACUACAUAGACGAGCUCUGGAACCUCGUGUCUUACGUGCUGCAGACAACAGAAGUUGAAACGAACCAUCGCUCUGUCUGUUUAGCUGAAAUGUUAACCAAAGCUAUGGAGGAGUGGGGGCUGAUGAGUAAAGACCCAGCCAUAGUCACUGACAACGCGGCGAAUAUGGUCCGUGCGGUUGAGAUUACGGGGCUAACCCACGUCGACUGCUUCAGCGCACAUAAUCAACCUGGCCUCGCAAGCCGGUCUCAAACUGCCGAAUGUUGCACGACUUCUUGGGAGAAGCAGCAACCCGCGAUCUCUGCCGCUCUGCUCUCACCUGAUGUGCGGAGAAAUGAAAAGGAUCUUUGCAGUCUGAAGGAAGAGGACAUAACAGAUGCAGAAGAUGUGGUUAGAGCUCUAAAGCCAAUGAAGACAGCCACUCAAGUAAUGUCAGAAGAAAAGUGCCCAACUCUCUCAGUGAUAGCACCUCUGCAUGCUCAGCUGCUGAAAGAGAUGACCAGUCUCCCAGAAGACUCCAGAGUUGUUAAGGACAUGAAGGAUGAGAUCAAGAAAAACUUAAGCACAAGGUAUGUAAACCAGAAGGACAUGCUGUACAUAGCUUCAGCUAUUGAUCCACGUUUCAAAGCUCUGCCAUUCCUGAAUGAGGAGGAGCGAGACAAGACCUUCUCCAGACUCCAGACUGAAGCAGUGUGUGGGAUGGAGGAAGAUCCAUGUAAUCAAGAUGAUGCUGCUGAUGAAGUUGAUGGAGUGGAGGAAGAGGUGGAACCCCAACCUCCGGCACCCAAGCAAUUCAAGCAAUCCAGUGCUUUGGAGUCUCUCCUUGGGGAAGCCUACAGACCACAACAGGAAGUAGGACCACAGAAAACUAAAGCGGCAGAGGCAGAAGACGAGAUCAAAAGGUACAGGGAAAGGAGACCUGCAGGACUGCAGGACAAUCCUCUCAUCUGGUGGCGGGAGAAUGAAAAGGAGUAUCCUCUUUUGGCUUGCAUGGCAAAGCGAUAUCUCUGUGUCCCAGGAACCAGUGUCACAUCUGAGAGGGUUUUUUCAACUGCAGGUGACAUCAUUACUGCCAAAAGAAGUUGCCUUACACCUGGGCAUGUCAAUGAGCUACUGUUCCUGCAGAAGAAUCUUUCUAUUCCUGAUCCUGAGUGAUGGUAGUUCAUACUCUGGGUUAAGACAAGUUUAAUUUCCAGUUUUAUUUUUAUUUGCACUUUAAUAGGCAAGGCCUUUUCCAGUUUUUAUUUAUUUUUGUAUCUACUAUUUUAGUUUUAAAUGACCAGUUUACACAAAUACACUUUAAAGGCAAUUUAAUGUCUUAUACCUGGAGUACUUGAAGG